AUGUUGCACGCCUGGACACAGGUGUGCAUAGUAAAACCUACUGAGGGGUUCCUGGAGAAGUGUAAGAUACAAGAGUGUAUCCAGGACCAGGACAAAGUCGAGGGACACCCAAACACCGAGCAGACCGAAGCGUCCACAGUAACGGGCAGGAACUUGUUGGACGAAAGCACCCUCGACUCCACGGAGCUGCCGCGGUCCACUGAGCUGACGGAGGCCACGGCCGUCCCCAGCCUCACGGACUGGGAGGAUCUCCCCACGCCGGGCCAGCUGUGGGACAUCUCGUCCCCUUCCACCCUCUCGCUCAAGUCCGCUCCUUGGACGGCGACAGAGGGAAGAGGCAGCCCGUCGCUCCGGCCUGGCCCCGAGAGCAGCCAGGGGUGGGCCCUGGCAGAGACCACUCCACUGGGGGCCCCAGAGCACACCGACAGCACCUACAUCUCCACCACUCUCAGCCGAGCAGGGGAGAGGACCCUGCUCUCCGUCACCUCCACCUCCUCCUCUUCCUCUUCUUCCUUAUCGUCCUCGUCCUCUUCCUCUUCUUCCUUAUCAUCCUCGUCCUCUUCCUCUUCUUCCUUAUCAUCCUCCUCCUCGUCCUCUUCCUCUUCUUCCUUAUCAUCCUCCUCCUCGUCCUCUUCCUCUUCUUCCUUAUCAUCCUCCUCCUCGUCCUCUUUCUCUUCUUCCUUAUCAUCCUCCUCCUCAUCCUCCUCCUCUUCGUCCGCUUUCAGCAACAGCAGCUCCACCUCUGGUUUUACUGAGACGGGCAGCUACGGCUCCGAACGGUCCCUCUCCACACAGGCUCUCGGGGACAUCGUGUCCACUGAGGUCUCUACAGGGAAGGCCCCGUCGACCAGGGCUGACAACCGGGACAGCACUGUAAAAGUAGUUCUCCAUCAUCACACAAGCUCCCAGAGAGAGGAGCAUUACGGGACGGGUAGCCUGGAGCCACUCAGGGUAACCGAGCCCUUGACCGAGCCACCAAACCCCACGCAUCAUCAGCAUCAGCCCUCGUCCAUCUCCGAAGAGACGUCAAGCUCCGCCCCCCCGCAUAGCCAGACGGGGACGGACGUCUAUGGGACGUCCGCAACCGAGCGACCGGAAAGAGUUUCGGCGGUGGUUUCUCCCUCAGAAGCGGGAGACUCGGAGGCCAGCAGCCCCGGCAGCAAGAGCUCGUGGACCGAGACGGAGCGCGGCAGUGACUCAGGGUUUAGCUCCAGCGCCACCAGCGUCGAUGUCUCCACGGACAACCGGAGCCAGACCGGGGUCGUGUCUCAGACGGCAGAGGACCAAAGCACAGCGUUGGGUUUGACAACAGCGCCCCCUACAGUUGGAGCUAGCACAGCUGCCCAGGAUGACUCUUCGACCAGGUUUUUGUCGAGGCAGUCGCCCUUUACAACCCGGACAGACGGCGCAAGCAUUGGUGUUGAGGUUUUCACCACCAUGCCUACUUUUGUUACUCACAGAUCGCAAGUUACGACGAGGGAGGAAGACGGGACGCGUAAACCUAUCGCUUCCACCGCCAUUCCCACCCAGGUCCCCUCCCGGUCCCCCUCCCUACCACCCCAGCCCACACUACCUCCCCAACCCAGCAGCAGCAGCAGCAGCAGUAGUACCCUCAACGACAGGGAUGUCACCCCCACCCAGGGAUACCGACCCAACAAUCAGCCACCGCGGCGGCCCCUAGAGCCUCCACUCCCCCGGCCGAGCCCUCCUCAGUGGCGGCCCCCUCGUCCCCCCGACAGCCCCCGUCUCCAGGCUGGACCCAGAGUAGCCCCACAGUGGAGACCACCCACAACCCCACCGUGGUCACCCCCCCAUCUCUUGCUGACCCCCGCAACGACCCCAGCCAGACUGGGGACCACCACCACUGCUCCCACCACCACCACCACCACUUCCUCCACCACCACCACCACCACCUCCACCGUGCAGAGCAGUAGCAGGACGACUGCUCCCCAAGCCCGGAGCCCAACCCCGCCUCUGGCCGGAAGCACCCCACCACCAGCACCACCAGCACCACCACAGACCACAGCACUGUGGAAACCUGGGACCAGCAAGGCAACAACUGCAGAGGUUACCUCCACGGUAACCACGGUAACAACGGAAAUGGCGUCCCCCCCGAAGCGUCUACCCGGCAAUCCCUGUGCACCAAAUCCUUGUAGGAACGGAGGCAUGUGUGAGAGUUAUGGAAGGCAAGAAUUCACCUGCCGCUGUCUCGAGGCGUGGACUGGCCCCAACUGCACUCAGGAUGUGGACGAGUGUAAGAGGAGCUCCUGUCCCGCGGGGUCCCUCUGUGUGAACACCAGGGGCUCUUUCAGCUGUGAGUGCCCCCUUGGCUUCGACCUGGAGGACGGCCGCGCCUGCACCCGAGCAAAGACCUUUUUGGGAACCUUCAGCAUCACUCGCCUAUCCCCCGACCCCGUCCUCUCCAGGAGUGCGUUGGCGUACGAGACGCACAGGGACAUCGUUCAGCUGUUAAACGUUUCAUUAUCACUUCUACGUGGCUAUAGCCGUUCCACGCUGAGUAAUAGGAAGGAGGAUGGCCUGCACAUCCUGGCCGUCCACAUGUUCUCCCUGUCGGCCAAUGUUACCAGCGAUGAGGUCUACAACAGCGUCCAAACGUCCCUCACUAACUGCAGUUCCACCUCGGCCCACUGCAGGGUGUUGCUGCACCACCAACUCACCUAUCACGUCGAGAGCCUCUGCCUUGCCCAAAAUAUUCAAUGUGACACAGAGCGCUCAUCCUGCAUGGAUGGCAGUGGUACGGCCCUCUGCCAGUGUGUGCCAGGCUACUAUAAGCACAACCCUGACGAUCUCUCAUGCAUAGAAUGUGGAGAUGGAUACAAGUUGGAGAACGGCACGUGUGUGCAGUGCAUGUUUGGAUUUGGAGGGUUCAACUGUAGCAACUUUUACAAGCUGAUUGCCAUCGUGGUGUCGCCUGCAGGGGGCGCCCUCCUCCUCAUCCUCAUCAUUGCUCUCAUUUUUACGUGCUGCAAGAAAGAUAAGAAUGACAUCAACAAGAUUAUUUUCAAGAGCGGAGAUCUGUCUCCGUUCACCGACUUCCCCAAAGGCAACCGUGUGUCCAUGGAGUGGGGCAGAGAGACCAUAGAGAUGCAGGAGAACGGCAGCACCAAGAACCUGCUGCAAAUGACAGAUAUCUACUACUCUCCUGCACUGCGCAAUGCGGACCUGGAGAGGAACGGCCUGUACCCGUUCACAGGGCUGCCUGGCUCAAGGCACUCCUGCAUCUACCCCUCCCAGUGGAACCCCUCCUUCAUCAGCGAUGAUUCCAGAAGGAGGGACUACUUCUAAGAGAUACAGAGCAAACUCUCCCUGUUUACUCUCUGAUGGCGUUCUGUGGUUGAAACCUGUCACGAUGGCUGACGGUCGCCUGGAUUUGCAUCUGAUGUUGCCGGUUGCCUGAUGCCUGUUUUGACUGACUGUUCUGCGGUUUGUUUGUGUUCUACAUAAGGCUCCCUGUAUGGGCCAUGGUGAUUUAAUUAGGUUAAAUUAGUUCAAAUGUCUGGAGAGUAUGUGUGUUGGUGUUAAUCAGCAGUAUGAAGAAAUGCAAGCCAAACCAACUCCUUAAUUGAGAAUGACAAGAGUAAAUUUUUAUCAAUCUGAAAUUGAAGCAACCAAUAUUGAAUUUCUCCUGUGCCAAUGUUAAGCUAUAAGACAGAAAAAUAGCUGGUGGCUGUGGUAUUCAACUAUCCAAUUAGCAUUAGAGAGUCUCCAAAGUCACUUUAGCCUUUCAGUAUUUAAGGGAAUGACGUGUGUGCAUGUGCGUGUGUUUGUGUGUCUGUGCAAGAACUACUUAAUAGAUGUAUUUGGCAAUGUUGAGUUGUUAAAUGUAAUGAUUUUUUACCUACUUUUAUUUUUAGAUUAAAUAUUUUAUGUAACUUUUCUGUCAUUAUGCAUUAAGGGAUUCUCAAUACUGCCGUUUUAGUCAGAUGUGCAUAUUUAAAUAAAGAUAUUUUCCUCUA